UUUGUUUUGACGAUGGUAGCUCAUGUCGGUUAGAGCACGAUAUAGAUUUGUCAACAACAGCCAGCUUGAGGAAAUGGACACAGCCAGCAGUGAAACAUUAAAGCAGCAAUUUCAGAACCUUCAAGAACAGCAACAGAGAAAGCUUUUGCGGAGAAAACAGUUGCAAGAAGAGAAGAACAGCAGAGUUGCUUCAUCAGAUGGCCCUGGGUCAGCAGCAUUUGGUGUGGAAGAUCAUCUAGACCUAAAGCUGUCUGACCCCUCCAAAUCUGGCAGUUUCUUAUCUGAAGAAUUAGUAGACCACUUAAACAAUCAAAUCAGGGAACUAAAGGAUGAAAAUGGAAGGCUUUACAAGUUGCUUAGUGAACGAGACUUUGAACUAAGACAGUUGCGUAAAAAGAAGGAGGCAGAAAAAAUCCCAGUGACAGCUGGUGUAACCAAUGAAACUGCAGCCACGAAGAUAGUAGAACUGUCCAAAAAAGUCCGUGAGUUGACAGCUGAGCUAGAGUCUGAGAAAACCAAAGGGAAACAACUUGGGAAGAAAUGUCAGGAACUCCAGAACAAGCUUCUGGAUUCACAUACGCCAGGGGAGCCCAAAUCUAAAAAAGGGAAUAGUAACCAGUGUGUGAAGGGACUGGUAGAUGAAGAACAGGUACCAGAUGAGGCUGAAGCCAAGGUCUUACAAGACAAACUGAGACAAGCUGAAGCCAAAGUAACAGAGUUCAGAAACCAGUGUCUCACUCUCAGGCAGGAGCUCAAAGUGGCCCAGAAGGUGUUAAAUCAAGAGAUUGGAGAUGCUGUUAAUAUACAAUCUUUACUCAAUGGAAACAGUAACUGGAGAGGAAGAGCGCAACAAAUACUCACUCUCCAGAAGAAGGUAACAGAGUUGAAGAGUAAAGUGGAAUGUCAAACUAGUGACUAUGACCUUGAAGAGGAGAUGAUGGGGUCAAGGACCUACAGAAAACAGACGGCGGAUGGCCGACAACGUGAUCAGCUCAAGAAGCUGGAGAGAGAACGGAAAGAGGCCCAGGAGAGAGCUGCUGCAGAAGUCCAAGCCUUGGAGGAAGAUAAUAGCACACUGAAACAGAAAUUAGAUGCUUCAAAAGCUAGAAACAAGGUUUUGUCCAAUGAAGUGAAAGCCCUCAAGCAGCAAAAACAGACAUUGCUGGACAAAGGUCACCAUGAUGAUGAGUUGAUAACAGCUUUAAUGCAACAAUUACAGCAACUCAAGUCCCUGCUGGAGGACUCCAGUAAAAACCAGAAGGAGAAGGGAGACAGGCAACAGGAGAAGCUGAAGGAAUUGGCAAUGAAAACACAACAGGAUAACAAUAUUGUGGAGCAACUCAAAGCUAUUGUGACCGAGAAAGAGGCCAAAGUGAAGAUCCUGGAGGAAGAAGUACAACAGCUGAAACUAAAUCACAUACAGCGAAACCAGUUGAAUGCUGUAGGAGCAUUGUUUAGCCAAUCAGCUGCCAGUGGUGAGAAUCGACCAGUGACAUCAUCUGGUGCUAACGAGAUGGUGAUGCAGUCCGUCAGUCCUCCACCAUCCAGAUUGUCAGAGAGAGCUCAAUCCAGUUUAAGUGCCACGUCUCACCAGGUACAAGACAGUGCUAGGGCAGCCUCUAGAAGGUCAAGUCGACCUCCAUCUACCACGAAUAUGAUAGACAAAAAGUUGCUGUCAGAGUUACAAAGUGAAUGUCAGGAAUACAGAACUCUAGCACAGGUGGCGACUGUUGAAAGAGAUAAGCUCACAGAGUUAGUCCAACUUCUCCAGAGACGACUUGAUGAAUCUUGUGAACAGCUGAGUGCUAGUCAGGGGGAACUGAUGCAGCACAAGAGAAAGACUGUUCAGUUAGAGAAACAGUUGGGGAAAGCUGCACUGAAACUGGAUCAGAACAACUCAAACAAACUAGGUGGAAAGAAGAAGUCUGGUGCUAAGGUGAUUGGAUCUGUCAGCUUGAGUAAUCUAGAUGACUCUGAUCUUCUGGAUGAGAAUAACCUAGAAGAGCUGCAGAUCAGCUUGUCUAUCCAGAAGGAUGAGAAUGAAGCUCUGAAGGCAGCCUUACAGAGCACUCUGAAGGCCAAAGAGGAAGAUCUGAGGAUGUACACUGAGAUGAUGGAAGAGACCAAGAAAGUCUUUUUGCAGGCCUUAAGGCAACAUAAGCAGUAACCCGUCAUCCUACAGGCCUUAAGGCAACACAAGCAGUAACCCGUCAUCCUACAGGCCUUCAGGCAACAAAAGCAGUAACCCAUCAUCCUACAGGCCUUAAGGCAACACAAGCAGUAACCUGUCAUCCUACAGGCCUUAAGGCAACAAAAGCAGUAACCCAUCAUCCUACAGGCCUUAAGGCAACACAAGCAGUAACAGGCCUUAAGGCAACACAAGCAGUAACCGGUCAUCUUACAGGCCUUAAGGCAACACAAGCAGUAGCCCGUCAUCCUACAGGCAUUAAGGCAGCACAAACAAUGAACUGUCAUUCAGCAAGCGUUAAAGCAACACAAACAGUGACCCAUCAACCUACAGCCCUUAGGGUAACACAUUAGUGACUCGUCAUCCUGCAUGCCUUAAGGCAACACAAACAGUGACCAGUCAUCCUGCAGGCCUUAAGGCAAUACAAACAGUGACCAGUCAUUGCCUUAAGGCAAUGCAAACAGGGACCCAUCAUCUGGCAGGUGUUAAGGCAACACAUUAGUGAAGUUUCAUCCUACAGGCCUCAAGGCAACACAUACAGUGACCAGUCAUUCUGCAAACCUUAAGUCAAUACAAAGUGACCUUCACCCACACGUUAUGUGGUCUACCUGAGGAAUUUGUCAGGAACGUGUUUUGUCAAGGUAA